UAUGUGUCAAGUUAACAUAUAAAUCAUAUUUUUGCGACGUGAAACAAUAGUAAUGAUAUUGAUGUAUAUGUCAUUAUGCAUCCAUCUUUUCGCAUACCUGAGGAAGAGUAUUUUUGUUUUCCCUCUGUAAAGGAACUGAGAGUUUGGUUUAAAAAAAGAAGGAAUUGAGAGUAUUAAUAUGCAAAAUGGCAAUUACGUAAUUUGAAGAAAAUCACAAAAGAACUAAAUGUAAUACAAAAUAAGUGAAAAGGUAUAAUCAAACCAUCCCUUGACACCUACUCUACCUUUAUAAAUGAUAACUCCUCCUCUUCUCCCAACACAUCUUCUUCUUGUUGCAAAUCAAUUGAGACAAAAAAACAUCAAUCUAUUCAUUCUAAGAGAGAAGCAAAAUUUAGAGAGAGACCAAGAAACAUGAAUAACCAGAAUGUAAAUGAUAAUAAUCUUCUUCUCAUUUCUCGGAUGUACCCGAAUGUCUAUGCUUCAUCAGUACCACAACAAGCAGUAGAUUCAAAACCAGUGCGUCCGAGGAGGAGGAGGAAGAGCAAGAAUGUUGAGAUGGCCCAGGAAGGUGGAGAUGGAAGCAAUGGGUGGUUUAGGAAGAGGAAAUUGAGUGAUGAGCAAGUAAGAAUGCUGGAGAUGAGUUUCGGGCUUGAGCAUAAGCUUGAGUCUGAGAGGAAAAACCGUCUUGCUUCGGAGUUAGGGCUUGAUUCUCGUCAAGUGGCCGUCUGGUUUCAGAACCGCCGUGCACGGUGGAAGAACAAGAGGCUUGAAGAUGAAUACACCAAACUCAAGAACGAACACGAAAACGUUGUCGUUCAGAAGUGUCAUCUUGAUUCUGAGGUUCUUCACCUAAAGGAACAGCUUUAUGACGCUGAAAUAGAGAUUCAACGGUUGGCACAAAGAGUCGAAGGAGCCUUAAGCAACAGUCCGAUCUCAACUUCUAUCUCCGUCGAAGCCAAUCUGACUACGCCCUUUUUUGGAGAUUACCAAAUCGGAGACGACGGUGAAGGUUACGAGAACUUGUUCUACUCGCCGGAAUAUAUCGAUGGAUUAGAAUGGAUGAGCCAACUUAUGUGAAAACAACUAGUUAACUUAAUUAGUAUAAAGUUCGUAAAAUGAUAGGGGUUAUUUGUGAUAACUAGGUUAUAUAUAUGAUUGGUCGAUAUCUAUAACGAAGCAGAUUAGCAGAAUGUAGAUAGAUCAAUGGGUCUGAUUAGAUUGUGUAAUAUUGUGCAUAUCUUUCUCUAAGCAUAAUUGCUUAGUUAUUAAUUAGGUUGAAAGCUGCUUUAAUUAGUUUGACAGUAUGGUCAAUGUUGGACAAAAGAUGUAUUAUUUGUUAAUUACAAAUAAAUUAUGAUUUAUCUUU